GCAAUUGUAAAUUCUUAUUAGAGUUUCCCUACUUUUUGUUAUUGUUGAGAGUAUAUAUAUUAAUUAAUUUUUAAAAUGUUCAGGGUAUGUAAUUUUACCCUUCGUAUCCUUUGGCAGAAAGCCUUGACAACCCAGAUAGCGAAGGUGUGUAUCCAGGGUGGUGUUCCAGAACCUUAACUCGAAAUAAGCACAAAGAUAAAUUGAAAUCAAAUGAAUUAAUAAGAGUCCGUCGAGCAUGACCCCAGCACAGUAUGUCUUUGUUCGCCUAGCUACUACACGGCCCGAACAAGACUUUACAAUGAACCAUAGCCACAUGUGUGGACAUUUAUAUGCACAGGGACCCGUACAGUACAGUUGAAAGAGUGUCAAAGAUUUGGUAUGAAAAUAAAUAGAGCUUGUAACAUAGUCACCAACAUAACCAGUUGCUCGUAGAUGACGGUAACCGCGGCUAAAGAUUGGUGCAUGAACACAAAUUCUUGUAAGAACGGCAAAAACUAGAAACCAUGGCAGCCGAUACAGAAACGAGCUUCUUAACAAAGGUACCAGAAGAAAUGAUCCAGAUCGACGACGCACCCAAGACGCCAUAUUGGACGAAGGUUAAAGGUUACUUACGGAAGGAUGCCCUGAUGUAUCUAAUUCUCGUCGGGAUCGUGGUGGGAUUUGGCGUGGGAUUCGGGGUCAGACAGCUGAAUCCUUCCAAGGAUGCGAUCAUGUGGAUGGGUAUUGCCGGGGAACUGUUUAUGCGAUCGCUUCGCUUGAUGAUUCUUCCGUUGAUAGUUUGUUGUCUGAUAUCAGGGACGGCAUCCCUGGACCCGAAGUCUAACGGUAAAAUCAGCCUCACAACCUUCAUAUACAUCGUCUCCACCAACGCACUGGGCAGUGCGGUAGGAGUGGUUCUUGGUGUUGCCAUUCGACCAGGAGUUGGUACUACCAGUGCUGAACGUGUUAACACCACAGACAGCAUGGAGACACAGGACAUAUUCGCUGAUCUUCUCAGAAACAUUGUGCCGGACAACAUGGUUGAAGCAACAUUUAAACAGGUCAUUACGAAGUAUUCAAGGGAGAUCAUUCACACAGUACGAAACACGACCAACGGAACAGUUAUCGACUCUUUGGUUGUUGUUUCGAAAUCUUUGGCGAAGGUCGACAGUGUAAACGUUCUGGGUUUAAUUGUCAUUUGCACAGCCUUGGGCGUGGCUACCAACUCUGUGAAGGAGAAAGGUGAUGUUGUUUUGCGGUUCUUCGUGGGAUUCACUGAAAUCGCCUUUGUCAUAAUGAGGAAAAUAUUUUGGUUCGCACCUAUAGGCAUUGGCAGUCUUAUUGCUUCCGCCAUCGCUGGAAUUACGGACAUUACCGAAGCGUUUUCUCGUCUCGGGCUGUUUGUCCUGACGAUACUUGUCGGCCUUCUCAUCUACUCGCUUAUCGUUCUUCCCUUGAUUCUCUUCGUCCUGACCAGAAGAAACCCGUUUGCCUUCAUCAUUUCCAUUGUCAGAGCCUGUUUAAUGGCAUUCGCUACCUCAUCUUCAGCGGCAGCGAUCCCGGAUAUGCUUAUAGCUUGUGAGGAAAAGAAUCAUAUAGACAAACGAGUGACUCGUUUUGUGAUUCCUCUAUGUGCGACCUUGAACCGCGACGGUAGCGCCCUCUACGUCGCGUGUGCGUCAGUUUUCGUGGGUCAGAUGAUGUUGGGGUCGAUUUCUGUCACCGAAGCAUUUGUGAUUUGGAUUCUAACUUCUGUUGGUUCUUUGGCCAUGCCACCUGUGCCGAGUUCCGGCUUAGUGACGUUAAUAAUAAUUCUGACGUCAUUGGGCAUCCCGUCCGAUGGAAUAAGUCUGUUGUUUGCCAUUGAUUGGCUUAUGGACCGUUUCAGAACCUACUGCAACAUCAUAAGUCACACGUUUUGUGCGGCUGUGACGUACCAGUUCUGCAAGAAAGACUUGGCACAGAUCGACCAGGCAGACAGUCAUCAAAAGAACCAAAUAGCCUGAUGCAUCCAUGCUGUUAAGAGCGGAUCCAGAAGUGUGUGUGUGUAAGGGGGGGGGGGGGGGGGGGGGGUCGAUGGGCGUGCUCUUGUUCCGCCGACAUAAAAAAGUAAUAAAAGGACAGUGUAGCAUCCACCCCUUUCACAAGACCCAGGAUCUGAAUCGUGUUGUCAUUAAUGCUGUGAACGCAUUUAUCUUAAAGUGGCUACGUUUUAUUCUAUGGAUAGAUCCAGAGAAAGUGUGUGCUCAUUAAGGUAACAAUAAUUCAAAUUCACGUCCUUUCACGGAUGGAGUUAUCAACUUUACGUCCUUUCACACGUCAUCAGGCACGGCGGAAGCAAGUAGACAUUGAUGGUUGGGGGGGGGGGGGGGGGGGGGGGGAGUGGCUGACUGAGAUCGAGGGGGGUAAAGCAAAAUUUCUAGGGGGUUCAGGGGGUAUGCUUCCCCGUAGUCUUGAUGCGAGAUAACUCUAUUUGAUUAAUUUCACUACAGAGGGAGAAACAAGAAAAUUAUCAAGAGUUAUCUCAUUAUAGCAAGACUAUACCAGUCCAUAAAACCAAAAUGGCGGCCAUAACGCUGUAGGCGUCGUUUUCUUACUAUGGUUUAUAUUACAGUUUUAUUUACUUAUUUACCGAAUUUUUGCUCUCUUUUUUUCAACUGCACACUAAAAUGCUCGUUGCUUGGUAUUUCCAAAACACUUUUACUUUUCCUCUUACGUCAAACUAAACUGAAAUUAUUUAUAAAAAUAAACCCGACAUUUUUUACUGGAGGAUGGGACGGAAUAUAGUUAUCUUUAGUUAUGUGCUAUACGACAUUGUGAGAGAAAAAUACUGAUGGAAAGAAUUAAGGGAUCACACCAACCCUAACAGGAGAGAGUGACUGCUACAAAAACCUCGUCCAUAGUGUCGGAAAGUUAACCAUACUCGCACUCAAUCUCACAUUACUGACAUUCAGUCCCACAUUACUGACAUUCAGUCCCACAUUACUGACAUUCAAUUGAACAUUACUGACAUUCUGUCUCACAUUACUGAAAUUCAGUCCCACAUUACUGAUAUUUAGUCCCACAUUACUGACAUUCAGUCCCAUCUUACAUCUCUAUACAAUUACGACGCUGGUAGUGACAUAAAUUUGGUCUACAGUACCAACGUUUUGUUUUGUUUAACGACACCACUAGAGCACAUUAAUGUAUUAAUCAUCGGCUAUUGAAUGUCCAAUAUUUGCUCACUCUGACACAACAUGAUAAUGUUAUAGUCUUAGAGAGGAAACCCGCUAGAUUUUUGUUUUUAUAUCGGUAGCAAGGGAACAUUUAUAUGCACCCAUCUCAUAGAUAGGAGAGCACAUAUCACGGCCUUUGAUAUGUUCCAGUCGUGGUGCACUGGCUGGAACGAGAAAUAGCCCAAUGGGCCAACCGACGGGGAUCGAUCCUAGACCGACGGCGCAUCAAGCUAGGCUAUGUCUCGCCCUACAAUACAAACUUCUCCCUUAUUGUUUCUCUCAGUAUAUUUAAGAUUUUUCUCUAUAUUAUAGACUAUCUGACUUGUAUAUAUGAACAUUGUAGUCUUUUCAGCGUAUGUAUAUCAGUACGGCUGUGACGUUGUACUCGGAAAUCAGUACAGGAAAAUAAAGAUGUAAACGAU